CUGCAUAUAACUGUUCAGUGUUUUGCCAAAAGAAUUCCUUAUUAGCUGCAAUAUUGUAUCAUUCACCGAGCUAUGCCUUUUCCGUAUUUUGUGUUAGGCAUGUUCAUUUACAAAUUAAUCAACUAAUCGAUACGAGUUCAAGUAGGAUUCUAUGCGUUUAGUUUUGCUUAGGGCUUUUAUUAUUUAAAGGAUUUCGUAUUUAGUCAGAGAUGUUGUUCGAAAUAAUACUUUACUUGAGAGUUUCAAUUAUUCUAGUAUACUUCGGAUGUAGAUAUGAGUUUAAAUAUUUUUGGCCGUGAGUCUUCAUUUUACAAGGUUUAGUGAUUCCCUGUUACUAUCAUCCCAAUAUUUUAUGUUACUAGAUACAAGUUAUAUAGGGGUGUGGUAGGGAGCCGUCCAAUUAUAGCUAAUUCUAAAUUGAUUAGAGGUGACUUAGGUGAUUAAAUCAAGGAGAGCAUAGUUUUAUUGAACAUUCUUUAUACAUAAUUAAGUUUGUUCUUAUUUGGUGCUUUUUAUAUGUUGCUGCAAUUUCUUUCAGGUAAAAGGGUGAUGGAUUGGUUAAAUUUUUCGUGAAAUUUGGUUUUAUAGCAUUCUUCUUUUGGGGAAUUAGAACCAGGUAUUAGCAGCUUCAUAGGUCAAAAUCAGUAUUCUUCAAAGGCAGAGUUAAUGGAUGAGGCCACCGACUGUUAGCCUUGGAUUUUCUGUAUACAUGGAUCAGAGGCACUCAGCAGAAUCAGAACACAAAAACGGUGAAUAUGAACUUAUUAGAGAUGACGAAGACCCAUGUCUGGGAAUGUACGAUAAACCUCUUCCUUGCUUUGGCUGUGGAAUAGGAUGGUUUUCUCUUCUGCUAGGUUUUGUUUUCCCAUUAAUGUGGUACUAUGCUACCAUUCUCUACUUCAAAAACUACUAUCAAAGAGAUCCAAGGGAGAGGGCCGGACUUGCUGCCUCUGCAAUAGCUGCACUGAUAUGUACAAUUGCUAUAAUUAUCACAAUAGCAGUUCUUAUCUUCUAGUUCUCGCGUCUGCAGUCUGUAUAUUUGCCGCUAUUUAUGGUGCUUCCUCAAACAAAAGGUGAGACAAGAACAUUAAACCUGUAAUGGGGACUCAAAAAAAGAGUGGGAGAGAAGCUAGAACAUGUUAGGAAUCUCAAGAAUCUUUGAAAGUUGAGUUGUCAAUGAUGUAGUCCCCUCUAGGCUUGUACAAAACUGGAAGUCUAUAUUGCGAGAAUGGAACUGUUAUAAUAUCCUUGAUAGGGGAGUCUUGUGAACUAGUUACAAUAACUAUGAAAAUAUGAAAUUACUGAUAUAUGACUUAACAUCUUUGAAAUGCUUGCGGAAUAUGAAUUACCGUGUCCUGGUUUUUAAA